AUGAAUUUUCUUCACAGUUGAUGCCUAAGAUGUUUCACAGAUAGUCCAAAUGAUCAAGGUGAAGCUAAUAAAUCUCCUUCCAAAGAAGACUCGUCUAAAGUUUAUGAAGUAGUCAGCUCCUCAGAAAAGCCUCUAGAAAUAGAAAUAGAAAGCGUUCAAUUAGAUAAGACUCACGACCAAAUUAUGCACGAUUCGAAAUCCAGUGAAAUGAACAGUCCCUCGGCCGCUCACGAAAUUAAAAUAUCAAAUGGGAACACUAUAGAGAUUAAAAUAAAACGAAGCAAAAGAAAGAAAAGAAAAGUGACUAAACACCACAAUGAAGAACAAAAAGAAUCAGAAGUUAUAAUAAAAUCGGAAAAGAAAAAACGAAUUUCAUUUGCUGAUAAUACAGAGCCUCCUCAUCGAAGAGACUCAGCAGACACUUUGCCGCAGAGGAGAAUGGCCAGAUUUAAAACAAUGGUUUCAUCGUUUAAAGAUCAAAGUCCUGAUGUUCUAAAAAUAAGAUCAUUCAUUAAAUCCUUUGGAUCAAAUAGCGCACAAGCACAACAGCAACAACAAGUCCCGAAUUUCUUAAUCCCCUUUAAAUUUAAACAAAAGAUAGAUAAAUUUCCAUUUUUGGGUACGUUAACCACCUUAAAUUGGGACAAUUUUUCAAUAUGAAUUUUAUUGGUAAAAAAUAAUAAUUAGUUUUAACCUAAUUUAAUCAAAAAAGCGCAAGCUGAAUAUGAGAUUAGAUUUAAGAUAUAUCUGUAGAGUUAGAGCAUUUAUAA